AUGGCUAGUCCGCCAGUUCUAGCUUUCGAUGCCGAGGGCCGUCCAGUGAAGUUCGAAACCUGGCUAGAUGACCUGCACCUGUUCCUACAGCUCACUGCCAAGGAAGAUAUCUCACUGUACGACCACGCCCUAGGCCAUGUCACUGCCCCUGACUCGUCUGCUGACAGCACUCUGCGUUCCCAGUGGCAGACCCGUGAUGCGCACGCUCGCUUUGCUAUUCGCAACUCCCUGCCGCUAGACGAGCGCGAGCACUUCGGCCAGUGCAAGACUGCUAAGGACCUCUACACCGCUGUAGUUGCCCGCUACUCCUCACCCGCUUCUGCCACGCUAGGCCGCCUCACUCUCCCCUACCUGUUCCCCGACCUAGCCUCCUUUCACACUGUCGCAGACCUCAUCACCCACCUUAAGACUAGUGAGGCCCGCUUUCGCGCUGCUAUGCCUGCCGAGUUUCUCACUAGCAACCCCCCCCCGCUCUGGAUCACUCUCUACCACAUCGUCACCCGCCUUCCUGACUCUCUGCGCGCAGUCAGGGACCACUUCCUCUCUCGCUCCCCCACUGAGCUCACUGUUGCCCUCCUCGAGAAGGAACUGCUUGCAGCUGAGACGAGCAUCGUCGCUGUAGGCACCUCUCGUGGCGACCCCCGCACCCCGUUCUUUGAGGGGUGUUCCCCUUCCCCCCUCCUCCCCUCUGUCGCCUCUGCUGCUGCUGUCGACCUUCUUGGUGCUGAGAAGGUCGGGACCGCGUCUGCUUCGAGCGGGCGCCGCAGGAACAAAGGGGGCAGGGGUGGGGGUGGCGGCGGAGGAGGUGGGGGUGGAGGCGGUGGGAGUGGAGGCGCGGCUGGGGAGACUAGUGGCGGCAGUGGGGGAGGAGACAGCAGCGGUGGGAGUGGUGGUGGAGGCGGCAGCGGAGGCGGAGGUGGUCGUGGCGGCGGCAGGGGUGGAGGUGGCCGGGGCGGCGGCGGUGGGGGUGGUGGUCGUGGAGGCACUGGCGGAGGGCAGAGUCAGCAGCCCGCCCCGACGCUUCAGGCCGCCCGUGAGUGGUAUGCGCAGCGUAGCUUUACCUGCACGUACGUCAUUCGCACAGGUGACCGCAGCGGCCAGCAGUGUGGGAGGCCGCACCCCACGCAGCGCUGCUUCGCGCGCCUUACCGACGCGUGGCGCACUCAGUUUCCUGCUGCCACUGAGCUGCCGCGCUGGGCUGAUCUGGAAAAGAGGGGUGUUGAUAUUUGGGCUUUAGACUUUGAUGCUAUUCUCACUGCCAUGUAUGCGAUGUCUAUUAGUGGAGAGGGUGCUCAGUACUUGCGUGUUCCGCCCGACCCGGGCAUUCAGGCCAGUCCGGCUGCCGCUCUAGGUGCUAGUGCGUCUGCUCCCACAGGUCCUGGUGAGGCUGCAGCCCUAGGUGCUCGUGCGUCCGUGCCCCCUGGUACUGAGUCGACUGCAGCACUGCACACCUUCACCCUGGACUCAGGUGCUUCUCGCUCUUUCUUUUGUGACCGCACUGUCCUUGAGCCACUCGCUCGGCCAGUUGCUGUCUCCCUUGCUGACCCCUCUGGGGGUCCGGUCAUUGCGACCUCCUCCACUGUCCUUCCUUGUCCGGCGGUCCCGUCCGGCACGCUGUCAGGUCUCUACCUCCCCUCGUUCUCUACGAACUUGGUGGCAGGUAGUGCGCUCCAGGACGGGGGUGUUCACCAGUUCACCCCUGCCUACGAGCGCGUGACACACUGCACGUGUGCUCGGACGGGUCGCCACCUGGCUACCUUCACUCGGGAGCCGGGGUCGGACCUUUACACACUGACCACUGAGUCCCCUCAGGUAGCUGCGUCCGCGUCUGCGUCUGCGUCAGGUCAGCUAUCCGCCCCCUGCUCGUGUCGCUCUCUGGCGCAUGAGACUGUCCUUUGGCACCACCGCCUUGGUCACCCGUCUGUGCAGCGCCUUCGGGCCAUGCACAAACGGGACCUUGUUGCUGGUCUUCCCAGGGUGCUCCCUCCCCUUCCAGCCUCGCCUGCUCCUCCCUGUCUUCCCUGUGUCGAGGGGCGGCAGCGCGCCGCUCCUCACUCCUCCUCCUUUCCCCCGACGACUGCUCCUUUGCAGACGCUCCACAUGGACGUGUGGGGCCCAGCCCGCAUCCGUGGUCAGGGUCAGGAGAGGUACUUCCUGAUUGUUGUUGACGACUUCUCGCGCUACACCACGGUCUUCCCCUUGCGCACCAAGGGUGACGUCCCUGAUGUCUUGAUCCCUUGGAUCCGCAGAUCUCGUCUCCAGCUCAGUGAGCGUUUCCGCUCCGACUUCCCUGUCCUGCGUCUGCACUCUGACAGAGGUGGAGAGUUUUCCUCUGGCCUCUUGGAGGCCUUCUGUCAGCAGGAGGGCAUUGAGCAGUCGUUCACGCUUCUGGCCUCUCCACAGCAGAAUGGGGUUGCUGAGCGCCGCAUUGGCUUGGUCAUGGAGGUCGCUCGUACCUCCUUGGUUCAUGCGGCUGCCCCCCACUUUCUGUGGCCGUUUGCAGUCCGAUACGCUGCGCAUCAGCUCAACCUCUGGCCCCGUGUCUCCUUGCCCGAGACUUCUCCGACACUGCGUUGGACGGGAGAGGCUGGCGAUGCGUCACGUUUUCGGGUCUGGGGAUCCCGAGCUUUUGUCCGCGACGCGUCCGCGGACAAGCUCUCCCGUCGCGCUGUCCCCUGCGUCUUCCUUGGCUUUGUCCCGGACGCCCCUGGUUGGCAGUUCUACCACCCCACCUCGCGGCGUGUCCUGGCCUCUCAGGACGUCACUUUUGACGAGUCCGUCCCCUACUACCGCCUCUUCCCCUACCGCACUGCCCCGCUCCCCCCCCCGCCUCUCUUCCUCGCUCCAGGUGCUGAGGUACCAGACCCCCUCCCCCCUCAGGGUGCCGCUCCCUCAGGUGUGUCCCAGGUAGACCCGGGUGAGCCUGUCGAGGUAGCUGUUGACUCUCGUCCUGCUAGGGGUGCUGAGCCUGGGGGUGCUGCGUCUGGGGGUGCUGAGCCUGGGGGUGCUGAGCCAGGAGGUGCGGAGCCUGGAGGUGCUGAGCCUGGGGGUACUGAGUCUGGGGGUGCUGCGCCUGGGGGUGCUGAGCCUGAGCGUGCUACACCUGGAGGAGCCCUCUCCUCCCAGCAGCUGCAGGAGAGGUACCUCGAGUACUGCCGCCUCCGGAGAGGUGCUGCUGGAGCUCGUCCCGGUACUUCCCCUCCUACCCAGGAGCUCCCCCCCAUUCAGCAGAUCCGCGAGUGGUACACACGGCGCUGCAGUCUUCGGAGUGGUGCUCCUGGUGCUGCGGACCCUGGGGGUGGCGCUGCUGCUGGUGCUGAGGACCCGGACGUGGGAGCUGCUGCUGGUGCUGAGGACUCGGACGUUGGAGCUGCUGCUGGAGCUGAGGACCCGGGCGGUGGCGCUGCUGCUGGUGCUGAGGACCCGGACGGUGGAGCUGCUGCUGGUGCUGAGGACUUGGACGGUGGAGCUGCUGCUAGAGCUGAGGACCCGAGCGGUGGCGCUGCUGCUGCUGCUGAGGACCCGGGCGUUGGAGCUACUACUGGUGCUGAGGACCCGGCCGGUGGAGCUGCUGCUGGUGCUGUGGACCCGGACGCUGGAGCUCCUACUGGUACUGAGGACCCGGCCGCUGGAGUCUCCUCUGCUUCUGGAGACGCUGCGCGGCCGCGACCGUACUUCGUACCGCUCCUUCAGCAGGUUCUUGGUCAGGCUCCUCCUCCUUGUCCUCCUCCCUCCGUAGAGUGUCCUCCGCCUGUCCAGCCGCAGUCACAGUUACCGCCUACCUCGCCUCUCCCUGCUCCCUCUCCUUACACUGGUCCCACAGGAGGUCUUACAGAGCGUCGUGAGCCUGAGUCUCGUCCUGCGUCGCCUGUUCGUCCUGCUCGCACUGGUAGUCGUGUCCGUCGUGAGCGUCCUCCUCCUGUCCCGGGCACUCACUACAUGACUCUGCGUCCCUCUACUGCUCCUCAGCGUGUCCCUCUACCGUCUCCUCCUGCGUCCUCUUUGCUUGACGUUCCGGACCCUGAGUCUGACCGGUAUCGUGCUGAGCACCCUACUGUCACGCGUCUCCUCGCUACUGUUGUCACUGACCCUACCUUUGAGUCCUCGGCUGCGUCUGCUCUGGUCGCUGAGUUGGUUGACUUUGCUGCUGCCUGUCGUCUAGACUACGCUGCUAGCCUUGUUGCUGAGUCUGAGUCUGAGUCUGUCUGUCCUCCGUCCGUCGGGGGUGAGUGUGCUCUUGGCACGGACGUCCUUGAGGACAGACAGGAGGAGUUCCAGUGUCUUGCUGCUGCUUUGCCCCGUCUCGUGUCCUUGCUAGUUGCCCCUGAGGGAGACCCGGAUGCACCAGACAUCCCGACCCCGGGUUAUAUGAUUAUAUGA